AUGCCUGGCAACGAAGUUGGCGACAGGAUCCACAAUUUCUUUGGCCAAGAAACCUCGUCCCAAGGUCAACAUCAUUCACAGAUUGUUGACGGGACCUGGCAAGGUUUUAGUAACAAUGCGUGGGUUGGCAGCCAGAGGCAAAUUGGCUCACCUCUCAUUUCCAAUUUGAAGAAUCUUAAUGUCCCACAGACAGCUGAUGCUGAGAGAGGGCAGUCUUCCAGUGUGCAGCAUGGUGUGAACUAUACACAAUCAGCUUUGAGAUCUGAGCUCUUUAGGAGUCAGCCUCAAAUUCAUCAGCAGGCUGUAAAUGGCUAUAUACAAGGGAAUCAGGUUCAGAUACGAAAGAAUGAAGCAAACUUGUUGGGAGUGGAUACAGAAUCUGAUCGGCAUAGUUUAGCAUCAAGAGGCAUGUCGGUUAUUGACCAACAAUUGGGAAAUGGUCCAGAUGUUCAUAAGAAAAACUCAAUGAGGUUGGAAUCAACUGAAUCUCCUGUCAACUAUGAUUUUUUUGGAGGUCAACAACAAAUGAUUGGCCAACAUUCAAUGCUGCAACCUUUGCCUAGGCAGGCACCAGGGAAUAUGCUUGAGCUUCUUAAUAAGGUAGAUCGAUCAAGGGAACACGGUGCUCCAACACACUUAAGCUCUUCUGACCGCAACCGAUCAUCUGAGAUGCCUGAUGCGGAAACCUCUGAUGGAUCUGUUGGUCAUCUGCAGCAAAAUCAGUCAUCUGGUUCUCAAGGGUUUGGUCUACAACUGGGCCCUCCAUCGCAACGGUUGUCAUUUCCAGACCCCACCCUUUCUUCCCAGAGCUUCUCCCAAGCAGUUAAUUGUUUAGCUUCAACCCGUGGCACUUCUGACACUGCAGGACAAAGUCACUCAUGGUUGGCUCCCAUGAGCUCUACUCAGUCUUUGCGCCCUUCUCAUGAACAAUCUGAAGGGCCAAAUACAAGCACCCCAAGUCAUGCAGGAGAUCCAGUGCAAAGAUUACCUGCAUUGGAGGCAAUGCCAGCUGCUCAGCCUUCUGUUUCAUCCAAUACGUCUCAGCAGGAAGGUGUGUUUUCAAAAGUUUUACCUGAUGCUUGGGCCAGUGUUUCAAAUCAGCAACGUCCGUUAGGUGCUCAGCUUUGUAAGCCUUAUUCAAAUUCGUUAACGCCUCAAUUUCAGUCAAGUAACAAUUUGGAAACAAGUUUCUCUGAUCAACAAAAGUUGGAUGAAAAUUCUCAAAAAGGAGUGGAAGACUUAUCUGAAGUUGGUGUCUCAUUGGGAAAAUCACAGGGCUUAGAUGAGAAAGAGCAACCAGCCAAAGAGCAGCAACUAUUGCCCGGAAAAAAUUCUGCUGGUCCAAACACAAUGAGUGCAUCACAUAUGGAGGGAAAAGAAACUUAUGCAGAUUAUUCCUCUGACACAUCUUCGUCGAUCCCUACAACCAGCCAAAGAGAUAUUGAAGCCUUUGGUCGAUCUUUAAGGCCAAAUAAUACUUUGAAUGACAAUUACUCCUUACUGCAUCAAGUGCUGGCCAGGAGAAGUGCAGAGAUUGAUCCCAGUAAUAGGAGUCUGAAGAGAUUUAAAGGUCAGGAAGAUGGUAUGGAAUCUCAGCAAGUGGCUUCUAGAGGACAGCCGUUAUCAUCAAUAAAUCACACAUCAGUUGCAUCUAGAGAUUCUAAGAUGCUAAACUUCCCAUCAAAAACCAGAGAUGAGCAUGACGCAAAUGUGUUUGUUCAUGACAUGGUUGGGGAUUCUCAAUCUCAAUCCAGAGAUAGUACUGCAGCAGCUGUUAGAGGUGAUCACUCUUAUAUCAGUCCGCAUAUGGCGCCAUCCUGGUUUGGUCAUUACGGUACUUUCAAAAAUGGGCAAAUGUUGCCAAUAUAUGAUACCCAAAAUCGGGGUUCUGAUAGUUUUCAUGUUCGUCAUCCAAUGGAGCGUGUACAUACUUUUGAUAGCAGUCAGGUUGGUGAUAUCCGGCAAACUACCAGCUCCUCACCUUUCUCAUCUUCUCAGUUGUUGCCUCCUCAUACCAAUCAAAAUUUGGCUAUUGUGAGACCAAAGCGUAAAAGUAACAACUUUGAACUUGUAUCAUGGGGUAAAGAAGUGACUCAGGGUUCCCCAAGGCUUCAAAAUAUCAGUGUGGCAGAAGUAGGAUGGUGCCGAGCAGCAACUCGACUGGCAGAGAAGUUGGAAGAUGAAGCUGAAGUAUUUGAAGAUUGUUCAGCACUGUUUAGAUCAAAAAGAAGGCUUAUCUUGACAACACAGCUUAUGCAGCAACUUUUUCAUCCUCCUCCGGCAUCAGUUCUUUCUUUAGAUGCUACGCCACACUACGAGACUGUGGCAUACUUCAUUGCUAGGGCAGCCUUAGGAGAUGCAUGCAGUACAUUGUCUUCCUCUGGAAGUGAUAAUAUUGUGUCGCCUGACAAUGAAAACCUGCCGUCUGACAAGGCCAAAAUAUCUGAGAGAAUUGAUGAUCCUUUCAUAUUGAAAGCCAUGGAGGACUUCAUUAAUAGAGCAAAGAAGCUAGAAAAUGAUCUGUUGAGAGUGGACAAAAGGGCCUCAAUCCUAGACUUGAGAGUGGAAUGGCAGGAACUAGAGAAGUUUUCUGUCAUCAAUCGAUUUGCUAAAUUCCAUGGCAGAGGACAAACCGAUGGGGUUGAGACCUCUUCCUCUAGUGCAGCUGCAAAUGCUCAGAAAUCCUCUCCCCAACGAUAUGUUACUGCAUUUCCAAUGCCUAGGAAUCUUCCUGACAGGUGGCACCUGAACAUAGUUGAACCACACAAAGGGAAUGUAGGGGAAGAAUGAACUUGAAAGCAAUGGAUCUGCUGUUAGCUAUUUUCGAUCUAGGCAAUUGUUGUCAUUCUUGGGAAAUAUAAGUUGGAGUUUGCGUACUUGAAAGGCUAAAGAGAAAGUGGAUGCCCCGUAAAUAUAUAUGUAUUUUUUCAGUAACUGGGGGAACAGAAACUCAUUCUGAUUUUUCAGUUCAUAAGUAGUUAAAGUUCCAGGUAAUUAUGCAUAUCCCUGUCUCAAGACUUUGGAUCGCGGGCUUCUAAUUAGAAUAAGGUUUUUAGCCCCCAUUUCUUUUCCAUAUACUUCAGGGGUUGAUGGGAAGGUUGUUGAAUUUCAUUGACCAAAGUCUUGAAUGGCCAUUUUUACCGCAAGAAAUAGUCUAUUGAUAUUUUCCCCAAUUUUAUAAUUAAUGUUAUAACUUACAACAUCUUGUUCAAAGUUCAUAUGAUUUACCAACAAAAUUAAUGGAAUGAUUAAUGUUGAAUCGCAA